GCUGCAUUUGCCAAAAUGACGCGAGCCCUGCUAGAACGCAUCGUCGUCGCGCACUACCGCCAGUUCCACGUCGGCCUCCGCGGCCUCCAAACCAUGCUGAUGUUCGUCGCGUUCAUCACGGCCACCGCCUUGACGGGGCUCAGUUCCGGGGACUAUGCGUUGGUCCUGAGCUACACCCUCUUGAUCUUCGGCUUCGUGUGGACGUACGUUGCCGUGAAGAAGGGCGGGAAUGGAGGCUUGUUGCCUCACGGCACUCAGGUCACGUUGGAUUGGGUCAUCCUCAUCGCGCUGCUUGUCGCUGCAAUCGUGCUGUCCGCCAGCAAGUGGGGCCGCCUCUGCGACCUCGCGGUCAACUGCAGCGCAUACCAAGCGUGUAUCACGGUGCUGUACAUUGGCGUGGUGGUGCAGAUUUUCAUGCUGCUCGUCUUGCACUUCGGCCGCUCCAUGGAGGGCACCGAGUACGCGACCGACCCCUCCACUGUCCAAACCCCCCGCACGGACUACCAGCACACCGCCGAUGCCGCGACGUGAGUAGGUGGACUAUCCCGACUGUAGUUAACAUGAAUGCAUACUAGUACACGUAUCACACAUGUGCUUUAGCGGAAUAAUGGUAACGUAUAAAAAAACCAAUUUAAG